ACGUGAGUAGCGUACGAAAUAAUCAUGUCCAGUUUGUCUUGAGUUGAGAUUGAAUACAGCUCCUACAGACUAGAUCUUGAGAAGAUGAGAUGAGAUUUUGGGCCUAUAGUUUGCUAUAGCCUCCCAUCCUAUUAGUUAUCGUCACUUGGUAGAUUGCUUCAUCAUGGCUGAGGGUGAAGAGCCACCGAAGCGGAAGCGCCGCAACCUGCUGAAAUUGUAUUAUGGCGUUUCUGAAAACCAAUCAGAAGCCAACAUUGAUCCAACUGACAUCAACAGUCCACAUUUUCAGUCGGCAGCGUACAUGGAGCAGCUGUUGCAGAGCAAGUCCUUGGCUGAACUAAUGGACAAAGAGGAUGAGAUGCAUCAGCAAAUCAAGGUUCUCGACCGUGACAUGCAGACCCUCGUGUACGACAAUUACAACAAGUUUAUUAGUGCAACAGACAUGAUACGAAAGAUGAAAAGCGAUUUUAAGAAGAUGGAAGAUGAGAUGGACAGAUUGUCCUCCAACAUGCAGCAAAUCCAGGUGGUUAGCGACACCAUCAACAAGUCGCUGGAUGGCCAGCGUCAGGAACUUGGCAAGUUGGCGGGUGUGCAUAGCUUGUUAAAGAAGCUACAAUUCCUGUUUGAGCUUCCAUCUCGCCUGAAGAAGUGCAUGACAAUGGAUGCUGAUGGGCAGGCAGUCCGGUAUUAUGUAAAGGCGAGGCACGUUCUCAAGGAGUAUGAGCACAUGCCAUCCUUUCAGAUCAUCCAGCGCGACUGCCUGCAGAUCGUCGACCAGCUGCGGGAAAAGCUGAGAGGAAUGCUGCGGAGCACUUCGUCACAACCGCAGAAGCUGGCCGAGUGCGUUGAGUUGCUGCUGGAGCUGGACGAGCCGGCCGAGGAACUGUGCGACGAGUACAUCAAGCAAGCCAGCCACCAGAUCAGCCUGGACCUGAAGAAGCUGUCGCAGCUCGGAGGCGACGGCGACUCUGGUGCGGGGGAAGCGGAGGAACGUGUACGCCUGGCCUCUGACGUCCUAGAGUUCGCCGACCUGGGCUGCAACAGUGUGCUGAGCGACGUAGCUCUGCUUAUUGCCAACUUUACCGAUCUCUUCUUGCGGCGAUCUACUGAUGAACAGGGAGUUGCCCACAGAAUCAAGCGCGUUGCGCAGCCAAGACUGAUUGGCUUCAUCAAGGCCACCCUGAAGGAGUUCUUUCAGAUUGUCAAACGUCGGUUUGAAAGUGAGGUGCCCGAGGGCAGUGACCAGUUUCUUGUGAGAGCGCUGGACCGCUUUCAUCGCAAGUUGCUGAGCGUACACAAGCUGAUGCCUGUUGCACAGAUUGACGAGUUGGCAGCGGAAAUGGUUUCAUCGACUACAGUACUGCGUGUGACGUUCUUCUCUGACAAGCUACGGGAUCAAUUUGCAGCAUACCUAGCUGAUGCUCGCCAAGCCAUUGCCACACAGUCAAUGGUACCAUCUGGAGCUGGCGCGCAAGCUGGUGAGAACACAAGCCAGUCAGCUCCACUCACUGCUCUCUUCCAGGAAGUGUCUGGAAAGAUCACGGAGGAGUUCAAGGCGACUAUCAACAGCCUAAAGGUGUACGUGUCUCCUGAGGUGGUGUUUGCGUCACAGCCCAGGUUCCGCGUGCCAUUCUGUCGCCAGCAGAUACGCCAGGGUCUCGUUGUCAAGCAUCUGUAUCACAUAGUGGACACAGCAGCAGACAUGUGCAAGGUGACCACAUCUCGGUCAACACCUCCGCCUCCGGUGCUGUUGCUGCUCCUCUCUCGCCUUUGCCUGGAGAUGAAGGACUCGGUCAUUGGCUAUCUGGUCAGCCUGGCGGACGAGGCGUUUCCUGCGAGCGAACGAUCAUCUGGUGCAACGCCCAUCGCCGACCUGUGCAAGUAUGCUGGUACCACAGCUCAGGAGUUGUUGGAUCACUUUGUGAGCGUACAAGGCUUAUCAAUUUCACAGAUGAUCCGCAAGAGUGUGGAGACACGCGACUGGCUAAGCACCUUGGAGCCGAGGACGGUCAGACCAGUCAUGAAGCGCGUCGUUGAGGACGUUUCCAUCCUCGACCACCAUGUCGGGCAGCUUUUCGAGGAGGGAACGAGACGCGGCGAUCACAGUUCGGAUGACAGUCGUGCCAGCCGCCGUAGGAAUAUACCAACUGGCACUCGGGCGUGGAACUAUGCACCAAAUGCGUUCGACACCAACUUGAUGAGCAACAUCCAGAAGCUGUUUUCUGAGCGCAUCGAGAUCUUCGGCUCCGUGGAGUUCAACAAAGUGUCUGUUGUGACGGGCAUCGUCAAGAUUGCACUCAAGACUUUCCUAGAAUGUGUGCGCCUGCGCACUUUUGGCAAGUAUGGCCUGCAGCAGGUACAGGUGGAUACGCACUACCUGCAGAUCUAUCUCUGGCGCUUUGUCUCUGAUGAAAACCUUGUGAAAGUCCUGGUGGACGAAAUCGUCAGUAGUACAGUUCAGCGCUGCACAGACCCUGUCGUCAUGGAACCAAGUGUGAUAGAUGUCAUCUGCUCGCAGAACUAACCUACUCAGUGUGGCGAAGCUGCCAGUCAACAAAUGUUUGUACAUACGUCCAGUCUGUAGAUAGCGUCGUUGUCCUUUAUACCAUCACCCAGCAUUAAUGCAUUGUCUUACCAGUAUUGUCUUACCAGCAUAGCAUGCUGGUACAAGUUUCGUCAUACGUUGCUUUCUGGUUUAGAAAACGUGGAGUGGCCUUUAUUUGUGCUGAAUAUUGUAUCAUUUCAUGUUUCCAUUUAGGGAAAGUCUGUAAAUAUUUUUUUUAAAUAUAUAAAUCUAGUUUCUGCUUGUUUCACAAUAAGCUUACAGACGCUGCCUAGUUGUGUGCGCUCUUCCGGUGUGAACUGGCGCAUGGUUGUGCUGACUGACGAUAGGCAUUGCUGGUUCAGCAGCCUUUUCCUUGCUCUUGCUGUAUUUUCAAAACCAUUCAUACUUGUUCUUGCAUAUGCAUUUAUUUCAAAAAAUCAUUAUUUUUUACCAUGAUUAUGGAUCACCACUCCGACCACACGUUUUUUCGUUAAAUACCGGCAAUAGAAUUUACAAUGUAGAAGAAUUUCACAUGAAUAGAUUAUUCAAAUAUG